CCUGGGCUGACAGCGAGGUCAGGUGAUAAGGAAAUAGGUGGAACCGCGCCGCUUUAGAGCGAAAUAACUUCAAUUAAGCGGUUUGGACCGGCUUUUAAAGGGGUGAUUGCUGAGAGAGCCUUGCAGACCUGACUGGAAGUUGUGGUUCCGGAGUUUAGUGAGUCGGGACUCUGAGGUCGGUGCUGUCGACACACACAGCCCAGCACCCGGGGAUCAGCAAGGAUAACAACAGGAUUUGUUUGGAAGGAAGGAAGGAAGGAAAGAAAGGAAAUAUAAUAAUGGAACUAGCAACGCAAGUUGCUCAACUCUAUGAGGACAUCAUGAAGCACUCGGACCCCCGGCUAAACGCCUACCCGAUGAUGCAGAGCCCCACCCUCAUGACGAGUAUCCUGUUGGGCUACGUCAUCUUCGUGCUGAAAGUGGGACCCCACUUCAUGGCCAACAGGAAGCCGUACGACCUCAAGGGAGUCAUGGUUGCUUACAACUUCUUCUUAGUUGCCUUCUCCAUCUUCAUAGUGUAUGAGUUCCUUAUGUCUGGGUGGGCAACAGACUACACCUGGAAGUGCGACCCUGUGGAUUUCUCAAACAGCCCACAAGGCCUCCGAAUGGUUCGAGUAGCCUGGUUCUUCUUGUUCUCCAAAUUCAUUGAGCUGCUGGACACAGUGUUUUUUGUGUUGAGAAAGAAGAACAGCCAGGUCACAUUCCUCCAUGUUUUCCAUCACUCAGUCAUGCCCUGGACCUGGUGGUGGGGGGUCAAGUUCGGACCAGGUGGAAUAGGCUCCUUCCAUGCCAUGGUGAACUCAGUUGUCCAUGUUAUCAUGUAUUUCUAUUACGGGCUGUCGGCUGCUGGACCCCGAUUCCAGAAGUACCUCUGGUGGAAGAAAUACAUGACUGCAAUCCAGCUUGUCCAGUUUGUGCUUGUGUCCCUCCAUGUCACUCAAUACUACUUCAUGGACAAGUGUGACUACCAGUUCCCUCUGUUUGUCCACCUGGUCUGGAUAUACGGAACCUUCUUCUUCGUGCUCUUCUCCAACUUCUGGUACCAGUCGUACACCAAGGGCAAGCGGCUGCCCAAAACCCUAGACAAGGAUAGUGGCAAGGGGACCAUCAUUGCCAACGGGAAGCAUGUCGAAAAUGGCCACUCGCAUCUGGAGAAUGGCAGCGCCCACAACGGGAAAAUGAAGGCCAAUUAACGGUCAUUUAAAAUGAGAGGAAAACCAAACUAAAUCAGGAUGUAUUUUUCAUUUAACUUUUUUUUUUUUCCAAGAACUGUACAACAACUGCAACAAAGGAGAGAAACAUGGCCAGUAGACUCCAAAGUCAGUUUCUCUUCUGCCAUAGGAAAUUCGAUCUGUGGCUACAGACUGCUGUACGAGAAGAGAAAACAGUGUCCAAUCACUGACGGUGUCUGUGCCACAAGGUCAAAACUGCCUGUGUUAGGCACCCAGGGUAUCCACCUCACCCCUCACUCACCCCUGUUUAAAUAUAGCAGGCAAUGCACCCCUAUAGCUAAAUCUAGUUAUCUUGAAAUAGUGAUGUACAUUUAGUCAAAGUGUGUACUUGAGUACAACUGUAAAUAAAGUAUACAAGCCAGAACUACGGUGUAAAAUGGAUUGAGGCCAAAUAAUAGUUAAAUACAAAGGGGGGGGGGAUUUUAAACAGAAAGGAAUUGACAUUAUAGGAAAGUUGAAAAAGGAAAAAUAUUUUUUCAAGAAAUCCGUGGGAAGAUUAGUUGGCUGACCUGUCUCCGCAUUUAUUGCAGAUAUGUCCUUUUUAAACAGCUACCAACCAAAGCCCUGAGCUAACACUAAACCUUUGUUUCUGCUUUUUUUCUUCAUUUUAUUACCUCUUUCAUUUUUAUUUCACUAAGCUGGCUCACCUAUGAUUCUCAAGUGGUUUUCAUACAUACAUACUUUGUUUAUUAUGCACUAACUCUCACAGUGUGCAUGGUUGGGUUGCAAGGUCUAGGGUUUGUGCCAUGAUUAUUCCAUUGUGUUGUGGCUUUUUUUUUUUAAUUUAUUUUAUUAACCUAUUUGUGGAACAAAGAAACCCACAGUUAACCAGCUGUAUGUUUAUUACACACCCAGUGUGUGCAACCCCCUUGAGAGGUUAUCAGGUUCUUUAUUACUGUAAUCGGGUGUCUCAGCUGACAGCUCAGUGCUUUCCAGUUUUGUGAAAUUAAUUUCAGCUGAUUUCCCCAGACCGUCAGCACUGAGAAGAGCUGCUGAGUGCCUUUGUCAGUAGAGCAGGGGAGUGAACUGCCUCUGUCCCACCCUCAGGGUUGAGGCUCGCUGUCUGAGCGGCACUUCCUUUGCCAUGGCUAAACUGGCACUGUUCUGUUGAUACA